ACAUCAUCAAUACAACAAAAAUUACAUUAUUCAAACAAAUCAGUAUUUGUGUGAUAUUAACACCAAGAGUCAUUGUCAUAAAGAAACAAAAAAAGACAAGCAGGUUAUAGACUGUAAUUUCUAAACUCAAAAAACCUACUGCCUACCUACUCUUUUAAAUUUUAAGAAAUACAUGAUGCGAUGUCCGAGCAGACAUCAGAACUUUGAAAAAUAUAUCGAUUAUGAUACUAAUUUGAUAUCUGAAAAUAAAUAUCGAAAGCUGAUAUAUCACGGAAAAAAAUAUCGCUGAUUUAUAUCGAUUUUUGUCAGAAAUAUAUCGAUAUUUGAUAGAUUUUGCCCAAUCCUACUACGACUCCAAGUAUGUACGCAUUGCUCUAUGGUAUCCGCCAUUAUUUGACAUGCAAACUUCAUUUAUUUUAUUUGUGUGUGAUAAGCACAGACUGCCAUAUUAUACAAAAAAAAAAAGAACAGAGUGUGGCAUAGACAUUUUUAUUGUGUUAUGAAUGAAGUUUCGCAUAAACUGGUGGAAUCUGAUGAUUUUUGUAGUGAGAAUAAUAUGCAUGCAGUGCCCUAUGUAGUUUGUGAUUCUGAGCAAGAUAAAUUUAUAGAAUUAGCGUUUUUAAAAUAAGGAAACUGGAAAUAUGUAUCUGCGUUAUAGAGUUUAAGUCCAAAUAAAGCUUUUCUGCUAGUUUUAAAACAUGAUUGGAAAGGGAUUGUCAAACACUGAUUGUACAAUGAACUUGGACGAAAAAGAUAAAUUGGCUUUACCGGUCAAUAAUUACUGUAGGGACUUUAUUCGUGGUUUUUGUACCCGUGAGAAUUGUCGAUACAUCCACGAAGUACCACCUGUCCCGUGCCUUAAAGAACUUUUUCGUUUCUGUCACGACUUUCAAAAUAAAGGUUGCUUUAGAAACAAUUGUAAAUUCAUUCACAGCAGUGUUGAAGAGGAAGAGAAUUUUUAUUACACUGGUGUGUUCCCGCGUGAUUCUCGAAAUACACCAGUAUGUCAAGCUUAUUUACAUGGUGCAUGUUCUAAUCAGGAAUGCAAGUUUGUGCAUACUCCAAAUGUAGUUAACCAAGAGGUUAUGCCAGCACAAGUAACAGUUCCUUCUCAAUUUAGUAGACCACCUCCACCUAUCAGGGAUGAAGAUUCACCACCAGAACCUAAGUUUAGAAGAUUCACUUAUGAUGAAAAUAAUCUAGAGAAACAAGUUCUGUCCGCAUCCAAUUUGUGUCUUAAUUGUGAAAAUUUAGAUCACAAAGUAAAACUGUUACAUGAUAAUAUUAGUGUACUACUUAAAAAAGUUGCAGAUUUAACAGAGAAAAAUCUGCAGUUGACUUCUAUGAAUGAAUUUUUAUUGGAACAGACUGCAUCUGUAAGAACUGACCAGCCUUGUGUUAUCACAUCACGACAUGGUACAUCAGCACCUGUGUCACUUGCAACUGUUAGUAUGACACCUGUAGUGAGCUUAGCUGGUGCUUUGCCAGCUUUGGUACCAGCAGCAGCUACUCCUAACUUGGCAUUAGCUCCUGCUGCUUCCCGAGCACAGUUAUUGACACCGGCUCCUCAAAUUUUAACUGUAAGCACAACUCAACAACUAAUGGGUAAUUCUGGAGCUCUUAUAGUUACAAGUGCUGGAGCACAACAGCUGAUGCAAGUUAGUGACUCAGGAACUUUGAUGGGUGGGGGUCAGACAGUUGUAGCAGUCACACCAGCACAAUUAACUUUAGCACCUCCAGCUCAACAGUUGAUGAGUAAUGCACCACAAACUGCAGUGCAACAAUUGGUUCAGCAAUCUGCUUUACAAUCACAAGUUGUACCACAACACCAAAAUCCACAAUUUGCAGCCCAACAGUCAGCAGUACAGCAAUUAGCAGUUGCUCAGCAAUCUGCUCAACAUUUAGCUGCACAACAAUCAGCACAACAUUUAGCUGCUCAACAAUCGGCACAACAUUUAGCUGCUCAACAAUCAGCUCAACAUCUAGCAGCCCAACAGUCUGCCCAACACUUGGCAGCACAACAGUCUGCUCAACAUUUAGCAGUAGCUCAACAAUCAGCACAACAAUUGGCAGCAGCAGCACAACAGUCUGCCCAACAAAUAGUGGCACAACAGUCAGCCCAACAACUUGCAGCUCAGCAAUCUGCUCAACAACAACUAGUACCAUCAGCUCAACAAUUAGUGCACCAAACAUCCACACAACAGAUUACAAUUUCAAGCACUAGUCAACCAAUGGCAUUGCCAAAUUCGCAGGCUCAGCCCAUAACAUUCCCAAUUAUUUCACAGAGUAUAUUGCCUCACUGAGAGUAUUUUAGAAUUGGGUUGAAGUGUACAUAAGCCUGGCCCUAAAAAAAAACCCCUCUUUUUCAUCUCUUUUGUGUUUACGCUACUCAAAGGCUAGUAAGCCAGCCCAGCUUUACUAGAAUAUAAAGGAAAGGAAAAAGCUUGGAAAAUUUCUGAUCAAUUUUAACCUAACAUUGUUUACUGUCUUUAGGAUAAAAUCGAAAAAUCUACUGAAAUUUUCCAAGUUUAUUUCAUCAGUGCUUGUUAUACACAACAACAGAGCAUUGUUGUCCAACUUGGUAUAAGUAGUAAUUUUUAUAAGUAAAUGAGUUCUGUAAUGUUAUAAAUUUAUAGCAAUAUAAAAUAUACCAAUUGGUAGCCAGAGGAGUUAUGAAUGUUAUUGAUAUAUCACAAUUACUCAAAUAUAUGUGUAAACUGUGAUCUGAUUUAUACAUCUAGGUAUUUUUCAGCCAGGAGGAAUUUUUACUGAUUUUUUUUUUGCAUUUAUUAUGGAAUAUCAAGGAUUUUCAGUUUAAAAAUUUAACAGAUAUAAUUUUUAUAAACUGAAAGAUUUGAAAAUUCUUUGUUUAUAAAGAUUUGGAUGUUUAUUUCAUACAAUACAGUAUGUUUGUAAAAAAAAACUCAAUUCAAACCUAAUUCCAAAAUCUUUAACAAAAUUUGCUGAAUAGAGAAUGUUAACUCAAGAAAAAAUUUAGAAUUAUAUAAUUUGAACACUCAUUUCAUGUCACAUCUCAUAACUAAAGCAGUGAUCACAAUAUUACAUUACAUAAAUAACAGUUUGAUGAAGAAAAUAUUCUAAAUAAAUAUAUACCAAGACUUAAAUUUCCUUUAAAGGGGAUGUUAAUAUUGAACAUUCAGUUUCUCCAUCUAGAAAUCGUUGUUGAAUUUGGAUGAGUUUUCUUUUAUUUAGGUGACUUGGUGUUUGUAUGAAAAUUACACAGUGACUUAUUAAAAUUAUUGUCAGUGGCUUUAAUUUCAGUAUACUUAUUUAUUGCUUAUGAUGAAUGACGUGUUUAUGGUAGUUAACACGUCAGGUUCCACAAAUUUCUCCACUUGAUUAUAUAUACUUUAAUAUGUUUUGGGUAGGUUGUAGGUAUAUGUUCAUAAUUAAUUGCGGAAAUUAGAAAUAUUGUGGUAACUUGACGUGUUGCUGUGUGUACAUGUUGUUCUAAGUUAGGUUUAUAGUCUUGUAGAGAUAGUCAUUAGAUUUGUUAGCGUUCGAAUAGCUGGUUGUCUGUCACGAGAGUUUUUGUGGAAAGUAUAGCAAAAAUGCUUGUUACUUCUGCCUUCAUGAUAAAUAAUUAGCACCCAUAAGUUUCAAUGUCAGAACGAUGAGUGAAAUAUUUAGAUAUUUCUCUUAGGUUCGGUGCAUAUCUGACGGAAAUUCGACACGGAAAGUUAGCAUUCCGAAACCAGUGACAGAAUAUAAUUUCCGUGAUACCCUCAAUACAUCUUACAACAGAUUUGUACCGACCGACCCUCGCUUGGCGCGCUUGAGCCACUUUAAUAAGUGACUUACACAGGCAACCCAGCUAUUAUGUCGCUAGAUUUUUUCUUCAACUAUAAGGUAUAUAUUUGUAAUUUAUUUUACUAUUAAAUUAAAUGGAAUGUUUU